CCAACAUCAUCGGAUAAUAUACUAAUACUAUACUGCAAUUUAAUCAUCUGCUCUCGCGAUAGAAACAGACCCAGGUUUAGGUUGAAUAGAUACAACCCUUACUGCGUGCUGGAAACGACGUGACCGAGUGGAAAAUAUCAGACGUAAUAUCAGAACGAAUGGAAUUUGUUGUGAAACCGAUCAGUUAUGAUGUAUCAUAGGACUGCCAAGUUUGAGGCAGAUGGAGAGUCUGAGAUGCCCUGUGUAUGCACAGGGUACGCGGGACCGAGAUUCAACAUUAGUGGGACUCAGCUUCAAACGGGAAACGUUCCGCUCAUCAAAAGCGCUGGCGCACUGGAACGCGCCUGGUUCAAGGUAUACUAUUAGUGAGCUUCCUGUGCACGCUAUCCUCUGUCAUGUUUCAGUCACGUUAGCACCGCCCCGCAACAUAAUUCGCGUUGGAACAUACUGAACUUUCCGG